CCUUCCAUUCUCACCACGCAUGUGCGGCUCAGGGAGCGCGCAGUGCGGCGAUCGCUGGUGCACUAAGUGCCACCUAUCAGUGCCCAUCAGUGCCAGCAGUCAGUGCCACCUGCCAGUACCCAUCAGUGCCACAUCAAUGCCACAUAUCAGUGCAUACUAGUGCACAUCAAUGCCAAAUGUCAGUGCCCAUCUGAGCUGCCUUUCAAUGUCACCCAUCAGUGCCAGUCAGUGCCACCUAUCAGUGCCAAUCAGUGCCACCUAUCAGUGCUGCCAAUCAGUGCCACCUAUCAGUGCCAGUCAGUGUCACCUAUCAGUGCGCAUCAGUGCAGCCUAUCAGUGCCAGUCAGUGCCGCCUAACAGUGCCAGUCAGUGCCGCCUAACAGUGCCAGUCAGUGCCUAUCAG